AAUAUGUGGUGGGAAUUUUGUAAGGAAAAAAUCCUUGACAUAAUUUUAUUAACAGAAACUAAAACAACAAAAGACUCUGAGAAAAAUAUAUUUAUUGAUCAAUUCUUGUUAGCAAAAAAGAAAUUACAAGACCUAGAAUAUAAAACAUGGUGGUCGUCUGUAUUAGAAGUAAAUAAUAAUAAUAUAGGUUCAGGUUUAGGCCUAAUGAUAAAAACGCAGCUCGCUCAACACGUAUACAAAGUAAAAAAAUUCCCAGGUCAUGGAAUUAGCAUAUUACUAUCCUUUAAAAGAAAGAUAGUAUUUCAAAUAAUUGGUAUUUAUGUGCCUAAUCAAUACUCGAACAAUAAUAAUACAAUUACUCCUUUACAAACAUGGUUACAUAACCAAAUUUCUCAAGCAUUAUCAAAUAAUUGGAUCUCAAUAUUACUAGGAAAUUGA